AUGGCUAAAGCUCGUAAAAUACCAAAUGCCACCAAAGAGGAACUCAUGAUCUUAACCGUGAGUGAAAUAAUCUCACACCUUUUAAAAUCUAUUGAAGAGAAACGUGAUGUUGAUUUAAAUAAACUGAAGUCAGCAAUAUCUAGUAAAUAUGGCUUAGCCUCACAACCACGUCUGGUUGAUUUAAUCGCAGCUGUACCAACAGAACAUAGACAUGUGCUGUUGCCACAUCUGAAAGCGAAACCAGUUAGAUCAGCUAGUGGGAUUGUAGUUAUAGCAGUUAUGUGUAAACCUCAUCGAUGUCCUCAUAUAGCUGUGACCGGGAAUGUUUGUGUCUAUUGUCCAGGUGGACCAGAUUCUGAUUUUGAAUACUCCACACAAUCUUAUACUGGAUAUGAGCCCACUUCCAUGCGUGCUAUUCGAGCUCGUUACAAUCCCUUUAUUCAAACACGUCAUCGAAUUGAACAACUUCAACAACUCGGACAUACAUGUGAUAAGGUCGAAUUUAUUGUUAUGGGGGGAACGUUUAUGUGUCUUUCUGAAGACUAUCGGGAUUAUUUCAUUAGAAGCUUACACGAUGCACUAUCUGGACAUACAAGCCAAAACGUUGACGAGGCUGUUAUUUAUUCUGAACGAAGUAGAACAAAAUGUGUUGGAAUCACCAUUGAAACACGUCCAGAUUAUUGUUUAAAAAAACAUUUAAGUGAAAUGUUACGUUAUGGUUGUACACGGUUAGAGAUUGGUGUUCAAAGUGUUUAUGAAGAUGUUGCCAGAGAUACAAAUAGAGGUCAUACUGUUAAAGCUGUUUGUGAAUCAUUUCAUUUAUCUAAAGAUGCUGGAUUUAAAGUUGUUUCACAUAUGAUGCCUGAUUUACCAAAUGUUGGCUGGGAACGUGAUUUAGCACAAUUUGCUGAAUAUUUUGAAAAUCCAGCUUUUCGUUCAGAUGGAUUAAAAAUUUAUCCAACACUUGUUAUACGUGGUACAGGUUUAUAUGAAUUAUGGCGUACUGGUCGAUAUAAAAGUUAUCCACCCGGUAUGCUGAUUGAUUUGAUUGCUCGAAUAUUAGCGUUAGUCCCACCAUGGACUAGAAUUUAUCGUAUUCAAAGAGAUAUUCCUAUGCCAUUAGUAACUAGUGGUGUGGAACAUGGUAAUUUACGUGAACUUGUAUUAGCUCGAAUGGAAGAACUAGGUGCUAGCUGUCGUGAUGUUCGAACACGUGAAGUCGGCAUACAAGAAAUACAUUCACGUGUAAAACCAUAUCAGGUUGAACUCGUUCGUAGAGAUUAUGUUGCAAAUGGUGGUUGGGAGACAUUUUUAGCCUAUGAGGAUCCAUAUCAAGACAUAUUGAUCGGUUUAUUACGUUUAAGAAAGUGUUCACUGCAAACAUUUAGACCAGAAUUAAUCGCUACAAAACGUAUUAAUAGUGGUGAUGAUGAUGACGAUGUUCAAGGUAAUAAAGAUCCUCGUUGUUCCAUUGUACGUGAAUUACAUGUAUAUGGUAGUGCUGUUCCAGUGGCUGCUAGGGAUCCCACAAAGUUUCAACAUCAAGGUUUUGGAACUUUACUAAUGGAAGAAGCAGAACGUAUAGCUAAAUAUGAACAUGGUUCAUUGAAGAUUGCAGUUAUAUCCGGUGUGGGGACUAGAAACUACUAUCGAAAAUUGGGUUAUGAAUUGGAAGGUCCAUAUAUGAUCAAGUUUUUAUAA